AGCCCCUCAACACUUGUAAACCUCACUUCUCUUCACUUCUCUCUCUCUCUCUCUCUCUAAACUUGUAUCCAUUUCAAGAAUUAGUGAUCAUCAUCAUCAUCAUCAUCAUCAUAAAUUCACAAUGGCUGAGCUUCCCAACUCAAACAUGUUAUCAACCGACCCGAAUACUAAACCGGGCAAACGGAGCAGAGAACAACAAGAUACCAAAGCCAACAACUCGAAACAUCCAGUUUAUAGAGGUGUACGGAUGCGUGCAUGGGGAAAAUGGGUAUCCGAGAUCCGAGAACCCAAAAAGAAGUCCCGGAUCUGGUUGGGUACAUUCUCUGACCCGGAACAGGCCGCACGUGCGCAUGACGUGGCAGCACUAACAAUCAAAGGUUCUUCAGCAAUCCUUAACUUCCCCGAACUCGCCGGUGUGUUGCCCAGACCGGACACGUGCUCACCACGUGACAUUCAAGCUGCAGCCACUAAAGCUGCUGCCAUGUGCCACCUUAACCAACCCUCCACGUCAUCCUCGUCGUCGUCGAACUCUAGUUUAACGUCGGAGGAAGUGUUGGAUGAGAUAGUUGAGUUGCCGAGUUUAGGAGCGAGUUAUGAUGACUCGGGUGAGUCGAGGAAUGAUUAUGUGUUUGUGGAUUGUGGGUGGGAUUGUUACUCGUCGGAGACACCGUGGACGGUGGAUGUGGAUGGUGGAUACUUCGCCGGAGAGUCUGGGACGUUUUUCUCCGACGCGUAUUCAUGGCAACAUUAUUGAAAAUAAGUAAUAAUAAUAAAAAGAUUUAUGAAUGAAUUUAAUUGUGCCUAUUUUUCUUUUCUUUCCCAUUUCUUUUUAAUAAAGAAAUUUGGUUGUGGCCC